AUGAAGCGUAAUCGUGGGCCAUUUGCGUUGUUCAAGGGCCUGGCACCGGUUAUCCUUGGUCGGCUCGCAGCAGCCGUGGAGCAGGUUCCGUACACGGACGGCCUUGGCCAAGGACAAGGUUUCAACACCUAUCUCCAGACGGGCCGCUUGCACAACGCCGUGGGCAUCACGACGCAUGAUGAUCGGGAAGCGGACCCUUCGGCCAACCAGGCCGAGGUGACGUACACGGCCGUCAAAAUCACCGACUACAAGGAUCUCGUCCAGUCCCUCGACGUCACUGCUGGUGCAACCAUUUCCAAGCUCGGCACCGAGGCGAGCGUCAACGCCCGGUUCUUCGACCGGGAGGAGUUCGAGUCCAGCUUCUUGACGUACCUGGUCAAGGUCGACGUUCGACGGCAGCCGAGCGCCAAGCUGAAGUAUGCCUUUAACUGGGCCGCUCCUCAAGACGCCCGGGAGACGUAUGGCAACCGUUUCAUCAGUGACUUUGUAAGGGGCGGCGCCCUCUUUGCUCGCGUGUCCAUCAUCACCAAAGACGCCACCAAGCAUCAGGAGGUUGAGCAAUCAGCCUCGGUUGCCUUCACCGUCUUCGGCGCCGACACCAAGGUCACGAGCUCGAUCAAGACGAGCAUCGAGUCCAUGAAGAAACACUCGGAGAUACGCAUCUACCUCCACUACGUCGGCGCGCCUCCCGAGUAUCAGGCCACAAACGGGUCGGACAAUUCGUACGACGACGAGCUGCUCCAGCUCAAGGACGCGGCGGAUAGGUUCCUCGCCGAGGCGCAGAGGCACGAGUGGAUGCGAUUUGCGAUCCUCGAGAGAUAUGCGAACGUUCCUGGGUUCAACGGUCAGUUUACGCCGCUGGAUUACUCCGAGGCAACAGACAGGAGCUGGGCUUUCCUGAACGACUUCUCCAAACAUCUCGGAAUCCAGAACAUCAUUCGUAAGAUCGCUCCAUCGCGUUAUAUCGGCGGAAGGGGGCAAAGAGACAAGCUGGACGAUCGUUCAAGCGACAUUCUUGCAGGAUAUAGAAGCUGGGUUGCCAACGUCAGCGCACAUCCUGACAAGGCCAGGCAAGGGCCGCCAUACGCCGAUCCGUCCGUGUUCCGUGGGCAAGUCCUGCUUGCAGUCCAGACGACGCCCUACAUUGCUCAGCGCUUGCGGCUGGCGGAUGGCGGCAGCACCGAUUUCAUCGACAAGAAGCUGCACCCCGGGGCCAGGAAGCUGUUCGGCGUCAAGGCGUACGACCUCGACGGCGUUCCCGGCACGACGAAGCUCGUCUUCGCCAAGAAAUGGGGCGAGGACAAGUACAUAUGCCUGGCUGGGCGGUCGGCGCCGCCGGGCUACGACGUGGUGAGCCAGCUGUGGGUUUUCAAAGAGCCCGUCCGGGGCGUCGUCAACGAGACGAUCCAGGUCGUGGCGAUACCUCAGCUGGCGAGCAUCGAGCUCCGGCCGAGCCCCGAGGUGCCGAACGCCCCCGACCGGCGGGCGACGAGGUUCCUGAGACGCCAGGCACUGGACCUCUUCCGCUUCUACGUCAUGGCCGGCUAG